AUGGAUAUCCUCUGUCUUCAAGAAACCUAUUCUUCUGAUCCCGCUGUACAAGAUCGCUUGGAUAUGCAACUCCAGGCCAAAACCUCCAUAUGGACGCACUAUUGUGGAGUGGUCAGCCUCAAUCCAGCUAUCCAGCUUGAUGAUGCAUAUGUCUCUAACAAUGGUCGUCUAAUCAUCUGUACUGUCUCUCAUGCCAACCACCUUUUCCGUCCCUUCCGUCUCAUGAAUAUUUAUGCACCUGCCACUUACCACGCCCGCUAUGAUUUCUAUGCUGAUCUCCUUCAACUUCCCUUCUUUCAGUCCUUGUUGCUAAACCUCUCCACCCAUUCCUUCAAUUUUCCCUCUGAAGCUCCAGAUAUAAUUGUAGGCGACUUCAACUACAAUCUCCGUCACUUCCCAGCAGCCAUCAUCCAAGAUGGCCUCCAGAAUCCCUCUUUCAUCAGAAAUUUACACCUCAAUUACCACCAUCUUUCCGACCCCUCUCUCAUUGUUCCGGAUGCUCUUGAGGACUCCUUCACCUCGCCUCACCUAGACUCCAAUGACCCUUCAAAUAUGCCAUCAGCUACAAGGGCCCAAUGGCUUUGGCAUGCUAUGUUGCAACACCAUUAUCGAGAGUGCUCUCAUCGCUUGCAACCCGAUCCACCCAUACCAACCUUCCACGGCGCCGGGUAUAGAUCCACCAUCGAUUACAUGUAUGUGGCCCCCUCUCUCACCAACUUUGUCCACACAUCCACUGUCGACUUUAUAGCCCCACAAUGGACCGAUCAUGCCAUGCUUAGCAUCCACCUCCGAAUGCGCUUAAACAACCAUGGCCGAGGCUUAUGGCGGGUCAGCCCACGCCUGGCUGAUAACUCUUUCUUUGUGAAUCAGUUGUAUAAACGCCUGGAUGACUUUCAUCGGGAUCUAGUUUCCAAUCCCUUCCCAGCUUCCCCUCAAGUGUUAUGGGACGACAUCAAGUCUCUAACUCGAUCCUUAGCCCAAAAGAUCGGUCGGAAACAGGCUGAAUGGCGGCGUCGGCAGCUCAGACAACUGCAGAGUAAACGUAACCGGAUCCUCCGUGCCUACAAGUCCACGGCCAUCCUGAAUAAUCGUCUGCCUACCAUUGAGAAAGCGAUCAGUGCCUUACAACAGGAAAUGGUUGAACACCAACAAGCCCUAAGGUCAGGUCUGCGCUGGCGAGAGAAGGGAGAGACCUCGGCUGGAUUUCUCAAGGCAUUGUCUACCCAUCGAGAACUUCAGCGUGCCCUGCCUACUCUCAAGGAUCCCUCCACUGGUACAUCUUUUGCUUCUCAAACUGAGAAGGAACAAGCUGUCCACUCCUUUUACUCUCGACUCUACACACCCACAACAGUAAAUCAACGUGAUAUACAAUUUUUCACUAACAUGAUUCCCGCUUCCCAUAGAUUAUCUGAUGACUCUCAUGAAUCCCUAUGCACUCCUUUUACUCUGGAUGACAUCUUGGACGGUCUUUCUCGGUCUCCCACCCAGAGUAGCCCUGGCAUUGACGGCCUUCCCUAUCAGAUCCUGCGUCUCUUGUUCAAACAUCCGUCUACCGCAUCCAUUGGUAUCCGUGUCUUCAACGACGCUCUGCUCCAUGGUACCUUCCCUGCUUCCUGGUCUCAAACUAGUUUGGUGUUACUCCCAAAGAAAGGUGAUCUCUCCUUCUUGAAGAAUUGGCGCCCAAUCUCCCUGAUCAACACAACAGAUGCCAUGACCUUCACUCGCCUCCUCAACUCUCGUCUGAUGAGUCACCUUACUGACAAGAUCUCUAUCCAGCAAAUGGGCUUCAUGCCCGACCGGUUCAUUGCGGAACAGGGUCUUAUCCUGCAAUGCAUGCAAACAGUAGCUACCAGAAACAAGUUAACACCCAUUGCCCUUCUUCUAGACCAGGAGAAGGCGUAUGAUCGCAUCCACUUCUCUUACCUUCAGGCUAUGAUGGACGCCUUCAAUAUCCCUAAAACCCUCAUCACCGCCAUCACCAAUCUCUUUUCUGCCACCCAAAUCCAACCUAAUGUCAAUCGCAUCCUAGUCGCUCCUUUACCACAAUUGCGAGGUCUUCGUCAGGGUGAUCCCCUCAGUCCUCUUCUCUUUAACAUUGCCUUUGAUCCCUUUCUCCGGGCCAUCCACAAUGACUCUCGCAUUUCAGGCUUCUCUUUCCCUCCUGAUCCCAUUUCUGGCUCCCAUCCGCCAGUGAUCAAAGUUCUCGCCUAUGCGGAUGAUACUUUAGUAACCCUUAACAAUCCAUCAGAAUAA